AUAUGGUCCAAAGAUUGAACUCUCAUGCUCAUUUUACCAGGCUGUCCAAUGAAUAAAGUGCGCUAAAACUGAAGGAGGUGGACUUCAUCAAAGGGAGGGUGAAUCCUACGAGUUGAGCUUCCUCCACAGCGAGUGAGAGAGCGUGAAGAAAAUCUUUACGAAGACUAGACUUUCCCAAAGUCUUUCCUCUCAGUCUCCGACUAGAACAUGGACAGGCUUCGGUGGAAACAUGCACAUCCAGCACCACUUCAUUUAUGGCACAGAAGAUGUCACAUUUGUUCCUGAAGUGACGGCUCGUUAGUUCUGUCCUUAAAUGAAAUCAACAUGGGAAAACUGCAAUCGAAACCCGCGUGUAAACGGAGAGAAAAUCCAGAGGGAGAUGUUUUCAUGGAGGCUGAGUGUAUUGGUGAAGUGGACAGAAACAAACAGGAUGUGAGUGGUAGAGAUCCAAAGGAAGAUCAGCUGUCAGAUCGGUACUGUUCACUACAGGUAACACUGCCGCCGGAGAGAGUAAUGGAGACACCGAAGUCUUCACUUUCUUUUCCUGAAAAUGAAAAACAACAUCCACUCAAAGAUUCAUUUAGGAGAAAUGGGAAGAAUUAUGAAAAGGGGUGUAAUGUGUCUCUCACGGAUGAAAAUCAUCAAGAGUGGAUGAUCACAUUGUAUGAUUUGGACAGCAGUGGGAAAAUAACCAGAGAGAAUAUGUUGAGCCUGAUGCAGACGAUCUGUGAGGUGGUCGAGGGAUCAGUCAAGCAGCUGGUGCUCAGCAAUGGCACAACCCUGCGUGUGAAGCUGAGUGUCACUCCAUUAACCAGCAGAAAAGGCAACAGAAAAGAACGGGAUGCUGGGACGCCUCUGAAUGAGCGGGAUCAAGUAGAGGAUUCUGUACGAAGUGCAGAGAGCCCUUAUUCUCAAAUCAGACAACUGAACUCGGAUCAGUUGGGUGUUUCGGAGAGGAAGCAGUACUCCGUAGAUGAAAACACAGAACGUAGGAACCAUUAUCUAGAUCUGGCUGGAAUUGAAAACUACACUUCUCGAUUUGAAGCUCCAGAAACGUGUGCAGAGGAGCAACCUCAGGAGAACUCUUCCCGUAACCAUUAUCGUCGCUCUCAACCCGAGACCUGCAACCCUGUGGAGUCCUCUGGAAAAUCCAUUCCUUUCCUCAGGUCCCUCCGCAACCGCAGCAAGUCUGUCGGUUACAGUGGAGCCACAAACAAACCUAGCAAGCUCCAUGGGCAUCACCCUAUGACCUGGUGCCAUCCAUCCCAACAGCACCAACAGCAACCUCUGCUGCACAGCUCCAGCAAACGCUUCCGUGCCCGAGCCCGUGAGACUGCAUCCCCUUCUAGAAGCAACCAUGACAGAGAAUUACAGCCCGGGCCAGCUGCUCCUCCUGGGGGUUUGAUGCCCCUUCCUCAAAGACACGAACACCAUCACCACCACGAGCACCACCAUCACCACCAUCAUCACCAUUACCACCCUGCAUAAGAGUUCUGAACACUUUCUGAAUGAGUGACAAACUCUCAUAAGCAGUGUUAUUUUCUCUGGAAAAACAAACAUGCAGGUGGUUCAUCUGUUAAAAAAAAAACCAAACACUUCUGUAUAAAAAGGGGUAGAACCACUCUUUUCUGUUAUAUGAGAACUGCGCCUGCACAAAAUAUAAUAAGCUUCCAUUCGGUUGGCAUACAGCUCCUCCAUGUGGCUCAAAAUGGAAUAAUCCAAACUUGUUUCAUCGUGAGAUAAUAGUGCAUUUGGCACACUUUCCUUUUUGGUUUGUAAACUGUAUCAUGUGUCUAAUUAAAAAAAAAUUAUUGUAAUAUUUGCGUUUGUGAGGUGUAACUAACUUUUUCCCCCCUCAGGAAUGUGCUUGCUAUGUAGAUAUGACCACUCCUAUUGUAUGUUAGUACAUAUCAAUAUUACCAUUAGUUUUAAGUUAGUCUACUUAUAUUCAUAGGAUGCAAUGUUUUUUUUUUUUAAACCAAAGGAAACUUUACAACCAUAUUGCAUGUUUAUGUCCUGUACGGGACUGCUAAUAUUCUGUUAUGUUAGAAAAUGCCAUGUUUUAUUGCUGGUUGAAACAACAAAACAAAUGUACCAAGCUAAAUAAAAUGUUCAAUUAAAAGAAAA